GCAUGCACAGCUGUCAGAAGACAAGAGAGGAGGCACAGGUGCGUCAAAGAUGAACUGGUUUGUAGUAGCUGCAUUCGCUCUGUGCGUAAUUGCGCCCGGCGCCCACUGUGCCGACAACACAAUAGCCUGGUGUUACAACCUGCCAACCUGCAAUGACACCACAUGGCCAACAAUCGUCGCUCCAUUCUGCAACGGCACCAGACAGUCGCCCAUUAACAUCGUCACAUCAAACGUUACUGUGGACGCCAACCUGGGGGCAUUCACCUUUGUGCAGUAUGACAACGUCUCCCUCUUUGACAAGAUCGAAAACACUGGCAAAACAGUCAAAGUGGGUCUGAACAUUGGUGGCAAAGUUUCGGGAGGAGACCUGCCUGAGCCCUAUGACAGCCUGCAGUUCCACUUGCACUGGGGGAAUGGUUCCACUGUCCCUGGCUCUGAGCACACUGUGGAUGGCGUUCAGUAUGCCAUGGAGCUUCACAUCGUCAACAGCAAGGAAAGCCUCAACAGGAACACAACUCUAGCCGUUGCGGACUCCACAGGACUUGCUGCUCUUGGUUUCUUCAUUGAGCCGGUGACCGAUGUAUCCGGCCAACCUGCAAGCUGGCGCAAUUUGGUCGCCUACCUGGAAAACAUCGUAAUCCAAAACCAGACAGCUAAAAUUGCAUCUGGGAUUUCCCUGGACGACCUCCUGUUUGGGGUGGAUCGCACCAAGUACUGGCGCUACCUUGGCUCCUUGACCACCCCAAGCUGUAAUGAGGCUGUGGUUUGGACGGUCUUCAAAGAUACUAUCAAAGUCAGCAAAGAUCUGAUUGAUCGCUUCACCACCUUGCGCAUCGGCAACAGCACAUCAGAACACAUGGUCAACGUUUUCAGAAACGUCCAGCCGGGGCAAAGAGUCACAACACAGGCAACCACCACCACCUCCAGCACCUCCAAGACCGGCUACUCUCUUGGUCUGAUGGCACUCAGUCUUGUACUGGGGAGAAGCUAGAACCAAACCCUCUUCCCCCCCCUCCUGUAUGGUUCCCUGACUUGUCCAAAAUGUUAAUACUUAAAAUAUGCACUGAAUACUCUUCUUCUUUAGUGCCCUCAGGUCAGAAUGUGUGUUGCAGCACACAAACAAUCUCUUCACUUCCAAACUAAACGGAGCCAUAGUAUCAAACGACCUUUUCGCUUUUCAGUGUAGCUUUAUAUGUAAACAAUAUUAUUAUAGAACGGUUGAAAGACAAUGAAGUAUGGUGAUGGCUGCCUCUACUGUAAUGUCCCUGAUGUCUUGUCAGGCACCUGCAACUUGUGUCUGUUUUGAGCUGCCAAAGCUUCGCCCAGGUCCUUGAGGGAGAAGUAUGCACUAUGUUUACUGGGUAGCAAUGGUAGUUCUAGCACAAGCAGGAGUGCGACAGUAUUUUGUUGCAUUUAAAUCUGCAUUGAUGUUGGCUGUCAAGAAAAAAGAAAAAAAAGAUUCAUAGUUGUUGCAGAAUGUUUUUUGUUUUUUGUACUUCAGUUUUUAUCACCUUAUUUUGUAAUCUGACUCUCUUUUAUGUCGUCCUCAUCAGUGCAGAUGCUGUUGCAGUGGAAAUGCGUUGUCACAUUUGUAAGGAAGCCUUGUUUUAGCUGGUGUAAUGAAGGAUCUCUUUAAUCUAUUGAACACCAUUAUUUAUGGAAAUGAUAUACACUGCAUUUAUGCCUUUAAUAUUGUAUUGCAUUACUUGCACACAGAGCCACUGUGACCUCCUGAUCUUAAUAAAUGUUAAUUAAAAACAAUUUUUCUGCA